GUUGCUACGAGUAAUAUUAGCUGUGCUAUGCAAUUUACCUUCCAGAGUUGAUGAAGUUCUGUGAGAAAUGGAAGACUUUGAGGAGUCGAUGUCUGACUGCAGUGUGGAUUCGAAUGAACUACCACCCAUGCCACCAUUGAUGAAGUCGAAGAGGAAGAAGCUCAUACAAACUUCUAGAGAGCAUGAUCCAUCGUGUGCUCCACCAUCUCCUGCGCCUAACCCUUUAGAGGAAAACAUGGAGAAAGCAUCGUGUAUGAGAUCUGCUUCACUGCAAAACAGAGAGGACACGAGUAACAUAGCCCCUGAGUGUACCAGUAGCCUAACUCCUGUUUCUCCUCCGCCAUUGAUAAAAUGGACGAGGAACACAAUUCUCUCCGGCAGCAUUUCUAACCGUCAACCAGCUUUCGAACAGACAUUUCGAACAGCCGACGAAAGCGAAAGGGAUGAAGCAACUUCUAGUACACCUUCUGAAAUGGAAAACGUGGUGAACUGGACUUCAGCGGUCAGCGGGUACGAGAAACGUGCAUCGCCUGUGAGAUCAUCUCCUCAGUUUGAAAUGGACCCCUUAACUCCGUCCAAAUCGUCAAAUACUGGAGUGUGCGCUGGACAAAAUUCCGACUCUUCUAAGGCGAUGGCUCAGAAUCAGGAUUCACAGAAGCGUUCUAGGUAUAAGACCUCGCAAAGGUGUCAGUUUUGCCCAAAAGAGUUCAAAAAAGUAUCUCACCUCCGCGAACAUGAACGUGUUCAUACUGGAGAUCGACCAUUCAAGUGUGAUGCAUGCGGGAAGUCUUUCACUCACUCUAGCAGUCUCUGCGCUCAUAAACGUACUCAUACUGGAGAUCGACCAUUCAAGUGUGAUGUAUGCGGCAUAUCUUUCUCUUGGUCAAGCACUCUACAUGUUCAUAAACGUACUCAUACCGGAGAACGACCAUUCAAGUGUGAUGCAUGCGAGAAGUCUUUCACUACGUCAAGCAAUCUACGUGUUCAUCAACGUACUCAUACUGGAGAGAGACCGCACAAGUGUAAGACAUGUGGCACAUCGUUCACUCGGUCGUGUAAUUUACGCAGACAUGAACGGAUCCAUUCUGCAUAAAGACUUUUCAUGUGCAAAACAUGUGUAAGGUCAUCCACACAGUCAUCCCAACUACAUGACCAUGAAUGUAUACAUUCAGGAGAACGUCCGUAUAGGUGCGGAGAGUACACAAAGUUUUUCAGAACAUCAUCAUGUUAUCCUAGACACCAGUGUAUUUAUAACCUGCAAUGAAUAGCCUAAAAGUCGGUAGAUAGUGUUUUGUAUGGGUGAAAAUGUAUUUCUUUUCUUCCCGCUUAUGAAUUGUAAGAUCAAGAGAGAAACAGUGUGUGUGUGUGUCUGGUUUAAAGAUAGUAAACAUUCACAGCAUUUAGAAAAAGAAAUCACUCUUUGAUGCUAUUCACACAAGUCUGGUCCUAGCCACACACGUAAUAGACUAUGAUUGUACGGAAUCGCAAGCUGACGUGGAUAAUGUAGUUCUGUAUUUAUGUUCGUUUCCAUGGUCUUGUUCUCAUGUAUUAUGUCAGAAGUUAAUAGUAUUAUUCUGGUAUAGCCUUUGAACUCAGAAGGUUUUACUUUAUAUAGAAAGAAGAUAUAAGCUAAGGCUUUGUUGAAUGAGCAUGUCUGAGAAGACUACAACUUGUAGACUUCAAUCUC